AUAUCUUUGAUCUCCACGUUGACGGCCUGUGGCGUCAGCUGGUGGGCGGAGCUGACUGCGGACCAAAACAUCGAUUUUAAGAAGCUGAAGAAAAGUAACAGGUCCCUCCACCGACCACACACUCCGAUUCCAGCCAACAGAGAGCCGCUGCACUGCGGAGAAAAUGUCUUUGGGCUCCGGGAGCAGGAGCACGGAACCAUGGGGAAGCUUCGACGAUAACCUCAUCCAGGGAGGUGGUGGCUCGGCCGUCAUCGACAUGGAGAACAUGGACGACACAUCAGGCUCGAGCUUUGAGGACAUGGGUGAGAUGCACCAGAGGAUGAAGGAGGAGGAGGAGGUGGCGGCUGAGGCCGCCGCCACCGAGGACGAUGCCACCACCGACGGAGAGUUCUUGGGCAUGAAGGGGUUAAAGGGCCAGCUGGGCCGGCAGGUGGCUGAUGAGGUGUGGCAGGCAGGGAAGCGUCAGGCCUCCAGAGCCUUCAACCUGUAUGCUAACAUCGACAUCCUGCGGCCGUAUUUCGACGUGGAGCCAGUACAGGUGCGCCACAGGCUGAUUGAGUCCCUCAUACCUGUCCGUAUGAUCAACUUCCCCCAGAAGAUCGCAGGUGAGCUGUACGGGCCUUUGAUGCUGGUCUUCACUCUGGUGGCGAUCCUGCUGCACGGCAUGAAGACAUCAGGGACAGUCAUCAGAGAGGGCACGCUGAUGGGCACCGCCAUUGGGACAUGUUUUGGUUACUGGCUUGGCGUAUCCGCCUUCAUCUACUUCCUGGCGUACCUGGUCAAUGCUCAGAUCACCAUGCUGCAGAUGCUCUCCCUGCUGGGUUACGGCCUGUUCGGUCCCUGCAUUGUUCUCCUCAUCACCUACAACAUCCACUUCCACUUCCUGUUCUACGGGCUGUGGCUGCUACUUGGCGGGCUGUCCACGCUGCGCAUGGUGGCGGCGCUGCUCUCUCGGACCGUGGGUCAGACACCGCGGCUGCUCCUCUGCGGGACGCUGGCGCUGCUGCACAUGCUCUUUCUGCUCUACCUGCACUUCAACUACCACACCAUCGUAGAAGGGCUGCUCGACUCUUUGGAAGGACCCAACAUGGCUUCUAUGCAGCGAGUGGCCAGAGAUGUGCCCGAGGUGACGCUCAACGCCACUGCCAGGAUCCCGGGCACCCUGCUGAGGAUCCGCUGAGGGACGGGGACGGGUCCCACUCAGUCUUCUGUUUAUUUCUGGAAAACUUACACACACUUCUGUGGUGUGUGUGUGAGAGAAGGUGCAGCAGCUGUUGGAGCUCUCGGACUCCUCCUGCUGCUCCUGAUCUUUGAUUUGAGUCUCUGUGUUUGGUUUUUACUCUGAACGUUCCUCUGACUUUCUGUUUGUAUUUGCCUGGUUUCUGAUUAUUGAUUAUUGGUUCUGUAAAUAUGGGAUAAUAAAGUUUAAUCACUCCGAA